AUGUCUGCUAUUACUUUUUAUGGAAAUGAGGAAACUCUUGAAAUCAUUCAAGAAAAACGACCCAAUCUUCCCAGACUUAAACACCAUGGAUUGGACCUAAAAAGAAGUAUGCAACUCCAAUCUUGGAUAGGCUACUUUACUCUGCUUAGAGAUCCCAUCUUCAUUGUCCUUGUGAAGGAAUUUUGGAAGUAUGCCAAAAUUAGUGAUGAUGGCAACACCAUUUUGUCUGAAAUCUUCAGACUUCCCAUUGAUGUCACCAUCUCUUCCAUAGUAAGAGUCACUGGGUGUGUCUCAUCUGGAGUCACCAUUGAUGAAUAUCAAUCAUACCUAAGUAUUGUUGAAAGGUUUAGGGUUCUUCAUGAUAGUUCAGUAUCAUAUGAACCAACUAAUCCUGGAACCCUUCUUCCUUCAGCCAAGACUUGGUUUAGGUUCUCCCUUUCCAACCUCCAUCCUCAAGCCACAGCAAGAAGAACUUUGUCUCAUGAUGACAUCAUUUUUGUCUUCCUCUUGAUCCAUCACUUCAAGAUCAACCUUCCAAAAACCAUCUUAAUUCGUCUGAAACACGCCAUUGAAAUAUCAAGAACACAGACUCAAUCAUAUAUUCCUUAUGGAAGGAUACUAUCUGAGAUAAUGAUUCAAGACAAGAUUUGGGAGUUGAUAAAGAAUAAUGGACCAGAUAAUGCACUGGUUGAAGAAAGGUGUGCUAGAGAUGAUAUAAGGCAAAAGCGUCCGAAGCCUGGGUGGAUAUCAAUAGAAAUCAUCACCGAUACAAUAGAAGCAGAGCAAGACAGCAACAUCGACUUAAAACCAGAGAAUUAG